AUGGUUCAAAAACAAGAUGAUAUAGAAAAAACAAUUAAAAUCCUAGAGGAGCAGACCGCCAACAUUGAUGCCACCGACUGCCAAAAUGUAUGGUCAGAGUUAGAAAAGAAAAGACGGGAACUUGAAACCAUAAUCGAAUACCAGACAAAAGGGGCUAUGUUAAGAUCUAAAUCGCGAUGGUACAAUGAGGGCGAAAAAAACACUAAAUACUUUCUAAACUUAGAGAAGAGACACUGCAAACAAGGAACAAUUACCCAAUUGAAAGUCAAUGACAAAGACUUAAUCCAAGCCGACAGAGAAAUCUUACACGAGUGCGAGGCCUUUUAUAAAAAUCUCUACAGUUCAAAAGUACAAGUUAACGAUUACCCGGAAGUUUUCUUUCCACCUACACGAGAAGUAUUGAGUGAAGAAAGAAAACAGCAUUGUGAGGGUCUUUUAAGUGUUAAAGAGUGUUUGGAACCAUUAAACGGUAUGGCCACAGAAAAAAACACCUGGUACUGA